UCGCAAAAAGGAGGCGUGAAAAAUAAAGCAUCGUAUUUACGAAGAAAUCGUUGUUUCCUUACUAUAUUUUAUUAUGAAACGUUCAUAUUGGCAUUAAUUCGAAAGAAAGUGUCAACUUGUCGACAAAAGUUUUGUCAUGUCAUUGUUUCUGUUUUUAACGUGUGUCUUGGCAGCAUUGUUUAGGUUGAUUCGUGGCUCUUAACUUCAGAAAUACACAUUCGUGUAUAUUGGGAAUUGGAUCAAAAGUUUGGUUCGCCAUAAUUGUUUAUUUGUUUCCAGUAUCAAUUUUGUGAGUUUUGUUUAUAGUGCAAGUGUGACAUUCUGUUGGAUUCAUUACGUUACGCAACUUUAUCCUUGUACCAUGCCGUGGAGCGAUCAGAGUAUAGAAGAAGCUAUUCAGACAGCCAAAACAAGAAAUGCAAUUUUUGUUGUAUAUGUAGAAGAUGACACAAAGCCUACACCGCUUCAUAGCAUUAUAGAAUCCCCUGAGGUGUCAGCUCUGCUUAUGAAUGAACGUUUUGUUGCAAUUCGAAUUCGUAGUAGUGAUCAAAGCUACAGAGAUUUUGUAGCAAUCUGCCACAAUGGAUGGCCUUUGGAAAUAAUCAGUGGUGAAUUACCUCAAGCAGCUGUUAUUCAACGCAUUCAAAAUAUUUUAGGACAAUCAGAUGAAAAUAUUGGUGGUUCAUCUUCAACUGAAUCACGAGAAUUAAGUGUUCUGAAUGCACCUGAGGAUUCACCUUCUUCAACUUGUGUCUCUGCAACUACUUCUGCCACUUCUACAUCUGUGCCUCAAGAGCCUGAAACAAGUGGAGAUGUGAGAGAAAAUGUUGAUACAAACUCCUCUGAUCCAGAAACAAGCAGUGGUGUAUCUGGUAGUACCAGAAGUGAUGGUUGGAACCUUCCCUCGCCAGAUGAUAAAGCUCCCAGUAAAAAUUGUAACCAAAAUAUACCACUAAGUGACCCAAUUAGUGCAGCUGGAGUGAGUGAAUCAUCUUCUUUUAAAAAGCAAGAACAAAAAAAAUCUGCAGUUCAGAGUUCUAGUAGUGAAAACAAACCUGCCACAAAUCCUUCUUCAUCAAGCAUUAGAGAUAUACCCCGGCCUCAACCAAGACGUAUACAAGAAGAUUCAAAGUCACGCUUGCUCAGUUCAGAGGAGAGAGCACGACAUCCGCUAGGACGAGUACCCAGUGUUCCUCAUCCUCAUGUUUCUCCAAGUUUCCUUGCUUCCAUUAGAGGAUGGAUGCAAAGAUUUCUCCAGUCUGGAAGAGGUGGUGUAACUACAGGGCGAAAGACAGGGCAUUUACUGAAUGAAGGGGGGUCUGAAUCACUUGGUGUAACUGGAGCAAGUUCUCGAUCUCGCAUCUAUGAGCCUUCAACCCGAUUAUCUGGGGACCCAGGGUUUGCUCAUAUACAAUUUCGCCUACCUGAUGGAUCAACUCAUUCAACUACCUUUCCAACACAAACGACCAUCAGGGGAGUGCGAGAGUAUGUGCAAAACAAUAUUCCCCUUCCUUUUAGGGAUUUUGGUCUUUCAACUUCUUAUCCACGAAUUGAAUUUACGGAUGAACAGAUAGAUGCAACCAUUGCAGAACUUGGUCUUGUACCACGGUCUGUAAUUCUCAUUAUACCGGGUACUGAGACUGCACGACCUGUACUGUCAUCUGCUUCAGGUGCUUUGUGGGCUGUGGUUACAUGGCCAUUUUCUGCUGUAUUUUCUGUGGUAAAUUAUAUAAAUUUCUUCUUGUAUGGAGAGCCACAAGCAGAGAUUAGUGACCAAAGUGCUUCACAACAGCAACCAAGAACAUCUCAAUUGCCUACAAGAAACCAGAACCCUUCCGAUAGAAACCAAUCAAAUGUAAGGCGGCGUAUUCCUUCAUCAAGUGUUGUCCAACGGGAAGGCAAUGUGUAUAGGCUUUCUAACCGCCAAGAUGAUAGUGAGGAUGAAAAUAACACUUGGAAUGGAAAUUCAACUCAGCAGAUGUGAUACAAUUCCAUCAUGCAGAUUGUUGGAAUGUUCAUGAAGAAACUUGGAUUAAACUUCUGUGGUGGGAAAUGAGCAUCUCACUAUAGCCUUAAAAUAAUUCAAAUUGUAGUCCAUUUUAUUUCCCUCUUGUGUUUUUCUUUUAUCAGAGCUAGUUAUUUUAUAUUUUACUUAAAGGAAAUAUGAGUAAUUGAUCGUGGUUCUUGAGUUCUAAACUGCACAAGUGAUUAGGAAUACUUAAGGUAGAUAUAUUUAAGACCUAUACUCUACAAGUUUGUGCGUUUAAUUUUCUACAAUACUUUUCAUUGGGAAGGGAAAGAAGCCAUUGAAAACUUGAAAGUGUGUUGAAUGCACUUUAAUUUAAUUAAAGUUUAGAUAAGUGUGUUUUUGUUGUUAUAUGUUGUUGGCAGAAUUGUGGUUUCUUUCCUUUAUUUCCAGCCGUUAAACAUCUUGUAUUAUUAAAAGUGGCAAACGUUUUUGUUGUUUUGUCAUACUACUCAUAGCCACAUGCUGUUUCCAGUCGUUCAGUGAAUUCCAAAAGAGGUUCUAUCAUGUAAAAGUACACUGAUUGUGUGGUUUUCAUUUGCAUAUAGCAUAAUAAUUUCCCCCAAGUUCCUCCUUCAGCAUAGUCCAUUAUUAUUUUGUUGAGAAAAUCUAAAUCUAGAUCACUACCCCUACUGAGUGGAGAGUGUUCUAUCUGUGGAAAUUGUGAAGAUUUGCUCUCCUCAGAUUUUAUUUUUAUGCAGAUAAACCACGUAGUGUGGAGAGGAACCAUGGAAAUGUAUAGAUACAUUUAUAAACUUAGUUUAUUUAAAACUUUUUACACGUUCAAGACUCAAAUUCAUGCAUUUACUUACUAUUCACUUGUUAUAUUACAUUGUCAAGUGUGAUAGGAACAAAUUAUGCUAAAAUGUUGAAAGUGUGGCUAAUUUAAACAUACACAUGUAUGAAUAAACUCUGUUGAUUUUGAUCUUUCAAGUUGUUUUUGACUGCCAUCCAUGUCACAGAAUGUACAGAGACUUGUAUUGAUCUUUCAUAAUUUCAUGUAUACAGAUG